AUGGCUUUCGCCUCCGCGUUUCGCCGGAUUUUGAGUGGCUCGCCGUCGCCGUCGCCGUCGCUGAAAACACGAGCGCGGUUCGCUUCGCUUCGCCUCAAUUCCACGCUCGUGACUCUCACCUCGCCCAAGCUUUUCAUUAGCGGUCUCUCACGAGUCACGAGUGAUGAAAGCCUCUUCAAUGCAUUCGCUUCAUUCGGAAGGCUUCUAGAAGCAAAAGUGAUAGUCGAUAGGGCCACCGGUAAAUCAAAGGGUUUUGGUUUUGUUACAUACGAGUCAGUGGAGGAAGCCGAGAAGGCUCGCGAGGGGAUGAACGCAAAGUAUCUUGACGGGUGGGUCAUUUUUGUGGACCCGGCUAAGCCAAGGGAGGCCCAAUCCCGUGGGCCUCCCCGGCAGAACACACAGUCAGCCCAGAAUGGAUUCACGACGAACAAAACUGUCGGGUUUAGUGGUUUUUGA